AUCAGAUUGGGAGACUCACUUCACUCACUCGGGAGUCGGGUCCUCCUCGACUCAGCUCCUCCACAAACAAAGCCACCACCAUCCCAACCCAAACACAUCGGCCGACCACGGGCGCCGCCAUGUCCACCGCUGACGCGGCGAGCCCGGCCCUGGCGCCGGACUGGGACGCGCCGGCGGGCGAAGGCCUGGCCCUGGCCCAGUUCGCCGCGGGCUGCUUCUGGAGCGUGGAGCUGGUGUACCAGCGCCUCCCAGGCGUGGCGCGCACGGAGGUGGGGUACUCGCAGGGCCACCGCCACGCCCCCACCUACCGCGACGUCUGCGGCAACGGCACGGGCCACGCCGAGGUGGUCCGCGUGCACUACGACCCCAAGGCCUGCCCCUACGACGUCCUCCUCGACGUCUUCUGGGCCAAGCACAACCCCACCACGCUCAACAGACAGGGCAACGACGUCGGGACGCAGUACCGGUCGGGCAUCUACUACUACACGGCAGAGCAGGAGACGCUGGCGCGCGAGUCGCUGGCUGCGAAGCAGAAGGAGUGGCAGGACGCGAUCGUCACCGAGGUCCUGCCGGCGCGACGGUUCUACCCCGCCGAGGAGUACCACCAGCAGUACCUCGAGAAGGGCGGGCAGUCCGCCAAGAAGGGCUGCAGCGAUCCCAUCCGCUGCUACGGUUGAGUACCGACCGACCCCUGUCCGGAGCACCGAAGACGCCGUGAAUGAACUGUGCUGCAUCGAUGCGUUGUACUACCUCCACCUCCGCUCUCGAAUAGUUGUUGCCCGCUAGUUCAUUUUAUAACUAAACGACCAUAAAUAAAAAAGAACGGAGGGAAGAUAUUGUAACUAAAGUGUAAGAUGACUUUUUUGUGUUGUGUAUCGUACUACUGCUUGUUCAGAGAUCUACGUUGAUACAAA